CAAGGAGCAAGCAGUUGUUAGCAGUUAGCAGUGUGAGAGGAGAAUUCCGCUGGCGCACACUGUAUGUGUGGUGCAGGGACGGACUUAAUAGUUAGCUUGCCCUAAUCCAACAGCGAGUUAGCGACACGCGCACGAAGACGCGCAAAUAUUUUUUCAGGUGGGCGGCGCUUGAGCGAGUGUGUGCGUCGCCGGGCUGAAGAGCAGUCCCUCGGAGGGUGAGCAGGGGGAGCGAUGAGGGCGCUCAGGGGCUCAUCAGUCACGGCGAGGACAGUGCCGGCCGGAGAUGGAGGAUCCUGAGCCGAUGCUCUACAACCACGCUGCCGACCUGAAGCCGAGGGGCGCCCUGCGGAUGGCUUCGCGCAGGCCGUCAGCCGGAGAGAGGCGCUGCCUCAGGGCGGCCGCCUCCCUGCUGCUCGGAACCGUGACCGGCUACUUCGUGGCCGCGCUAAUCACCACCUCCACAUCGCAGCAACAGCUCUGCCCCCACGCCGACGCCCUUCGCGCGGACAACGCUACCCUGCCGCCUGAAGAACUCAUCCACGCAAACCUUCAGGGUCUGCACAACUCGAGCAAAAGCCUGCUGUUCGUGGGCGUGAUGACGGCGCAGAAGUACCUAGACACGCGUGCCAAGGCCGUUUACGAUACGUGGGGCCGCGAGCUGCCAGGUCGGAUGGCCUUCUUCUCGUCAGGCACCUCGGAGACGAACCUGAGCAUCCCGUUGGUGGCGCUGCCGGGCGUGGACGACAGCUACCCUCCGCAGAAGAAGUCCUUCCUCAUGCUCAAGUAUAUGCACGAGCACUUCGGCGAGCAUUUCGAGUGGUUCCUGCGGGCCGACGACGACGUCUACGUGCGGCCCGAUCGGCUCGAGACCUUCCUCAGGUCGAUCGACAGCCGCAAACCGCAGUUCAUCGGGCAGGCGGGCCGCGGCUCGCAAGAGGAGUUCGGCCUGCUCAGCCUCGAGUUCGACGAGAACUUCUGCAUGGGCGGCCCCGGCGUGCUCAUGAGCAGGGCCACCCUGGCAAAGGUGGCGCCGCACGUCUCCUACUGCCUCAGAAACCUCUACACCACCCAUGAGGACGUCGAGUUGGGCCGCUGCGUGCAGAAGUUCGCCGGCAUCCCCUGCACCUGGUCCUACGAGAUGCAGACGAUUCUGUACCACAACUCGAGUGGAAGCCAGGCGUUCACCGGCCGCCUCAAGUACAAGGAGGUGCACCGGGCCAUAACUUUACACCCUGUCAAGCAGCACAAACAUCUUUACAGAGUACACAACUACAUGAGGUCCUUAAAAAUUGGCGAUCUGCAGCAGCGGUCUUUGAGCCUGCUGCGCGACAUAGGUCACAUGUCGGCAUUGCUGGGGGAAACUGCGCCAAGCGAAAGCGAAAAGUUCAGCCCUGCGAACGUCAUGAGCCUGGCUCCAAGCUUGAUGAAGUACAAGCCUAAAAAUGUGACUGACGUCAUUCCAUGGGAGUUUUUCACUAACGCUCUAUAUUCCGACAAAAAUUCAAAUCCCAGGAGGAGGAUGGAGCUGCCGCUGCGAGAAGGCUUGGACGACGUCGUCAGAGAGGUGAUGGAGAUGACCAACGCGUUCUCCAGACAGCGGGGCCGAAUCCUCGACUUUAAAGAGGUGUUGUACGGCUACCACCACGUGAAUCCCAUCGCUGGACAGGAGCUGGUGCUGGACAUGCAGCUUGUCUACCGUAAAUACAGAGGAAGAAAAAUGACGAUUCCAGUGAGGAGACACACGUACCUCCAAAGGGCCUUCACUGGCAUUGCUGUCCGAGAGACGGUCGACGGAAAAGACCCGCCGGUCGUUAAAGAAGUUGAGACAAACAGUGGUGACUUCAAUUCAAUUGCUGGCGGCGUUUUGGGCCCGGCAUACGCACUGAUGCAUCAGCCGGAGCAGCACAUGACCCCGAACCCAGCUCGAGACAAGCUGAUCACAUUUUUGGUUCCUUUGUCUGGUCGACUAAAAACGUUCCACAGAUUUAUUUCGUUGUACGAGGAGAUUUGUAUCUUGGGCAGACAGGCCACUGCCUUGGUGCUGGUGCUCUUCCCGAGUGACGAGGUCAAAGAGACUGUCGCCUUGGUCAGGUCGAUCCAGAGGAGACAUCCAAGCGCAGCUAUUUCCAUCCUGCCCGUUUUUGUGCCGUUCGCUAGAGGAAUGGCACUCCAACUUGGAGCAGCACACGUUCAGACGCACAACGAAGACACAAUUUUAUUCUUCGUGGACGUGGACAUCGUCUUCACGGCAGCAUCCCUGCAGAGGAUUCGUCUGAAUACGAUUAAGGGCAAGAGCGUCUACUUCCCCAUCGUGUUCAGUGAAUUUGAUCCGAACAUCGUGCACGGAAACACCACCGAAAGCCGGUCGAGGAACCACUUUUUGAUCAACGAAAACACUGGCUACUGGCGCAACUACGGCUUCGGCAUCGCCAGCGCCUACCCUUCCGACCUGAACCUGGUCGGCGGCUUCAACACGGCCAUCAAAGGCUGGGGAAAGGAGGACGUCGACCUCUUCGACAAAUUCGUCAAAAGCAAAAUAUCUGUGUUCAGGGCGGCCGACCCUGGAUUGGUGCACGUGUUCCACAUGGUCGAGUGUGACACGAGUCUCGAUCCGCCGCAGUUUGCCAUGUGCCAGGGCACACGGGCCAAUACCUACGGUGGCAACUUCCAACUCUCAAGAAUACUGGACGCACACCCGGAGAUUCUUCAAAUGGCCAGCAAAUCCAGAGAGCCAACAGCUUCGUGAAUCGUGUUUUAAAUUUUGGAAACUUGCAAAAGUACUUAUCAGAGUAAUUUUUCGGGAUUCAUUUUUACUAUGUGUACAUGAAUUAAGACUGAUGAGUGCAUUUUACGUAGAAAAGGAAGGUUUUAAUUUAUUUUGCGCGUCGAAAUUGUGAGAAUCUAUAUAUCUUGUUAUUUAUCUAUAUGGCUGUGACCAGGGAUGAGAAGACGUAUAGGUAUUGAAUAAUUGGAACUUGCAAUCAGAGUAAAAAAUAAAAAAAAAAAAACAUACAAGAAAAACGCAUCCUUGCCAUUUGUUGAAGCAGAGGCGAGAGAAGGAGAAAUGUGUGACACCGAGAUAUUCUAAUCUGCUGUGCCUUCCUAAAAUAAAUAUAAGUUCACUUUGCUAAUUCCUAUCAA